AUGGAUGACGUCAGUAAGUGGCACCGUUCGCAGCGAGUUUAUGGCCAACUGCGCAUUUUGCGCCAUCUCCUCGUCGGUGUCACCCAAAAGAGGAGCGGAGAAAUACGGAGUGGAGGCAUUGCCCGUGGUCUGCAAAAUUUCAACGAGACGAGGGAUACCCAACGUGACGUUGGUAGCACCGUGGCCAGCAAGAUGGAAGGUGUUCAGAGUCAUCUGGGUGGCGGGUUCACCAAUCGACUGCCCUGCCACGCAUCCCACAGCUUCUCCUGGCUCGCAAUGGGAACGCUUGUAGUGUUGGUACAGCGUCGCGUGCGUUUCUGGAGCCGUGUAUUUGCUGUCCAUGAAACUUGA